GUCUCCCGCAUGCGAGCCCGCUGGGGGCACACGGCGACACGGGUCACUCUUAGGACUAGGACGGCUACCUCCUGGGGCCCCCUCCCUCGUCGCCACCAUGCGCGCCGCGCCGCGGUUCCUUCCUGGAUUCGCUCGAGACUGGCCGGCCGUCGCGUCGACGGCCGGCCUGCCUCCGCACGAGGCGAUGCGGUGGCUCGCUGGCGAGCUUGCUGCCGGCGCGGGUGAUCUGGUUUUGGAUGCAGAGGUCGGAUGCUCGUACCUCGACGCUGAGCUCGUGCCGGUCUCGGUGCCCGCCCUCGCCGCCUACCUCAGCGAGCCGCGCGCGGCAGUGGAGGCGCCCGGCCCGUACCUCGCCCAGGCGGACCUUUUCGCCGAACGCCCGGGCCUGCGGGAGAGGCUGCUGCCGCCUUCCCUCACGGACCGCACACCGCGCCCGUACCGCACGGUGGCUUGGCUCGGAGGCGCCACCUCAUCGCCCCUCCACCACGACCCGUAUGCCGGGCUGCUCGUGCAGCAGAUUGGGCGCAAGCGGUGCGCGCUCCUGCCACCCGACUCGCCAUCGACGCAAUCGCUGCCGCGGCACACGCUGCUGCAGGGCAACUCCUCUCCGGUUGACCCGUUUGCGCCGCGACGCGACACGGAGCGCUACCCUGACUAUCCAGCGGCGGCGGUGCUCGAGCACGUCCUGUCCGAGGGCGACGCGCUGCUCAUCCCGCGCCGGUGGUGGCACGCGGUGCGAACGGACGACAGCACGUUCGCCUCCUUCUCUCUGACGCUGUGGUGGGACGGCGCGUCGGCUGACGCGGAGGCGGAGAGGUUUGUGAGGGGCGUUUUGGAGAGCAAGGAGCGACGCGACGAGGGGGCGCGGACGGUGGGAGCCGAGAGAAAUGGAUGAAAAAAUAAGACUUAAAAGUCUUAAGCGGAAUUUGUGUGUGUGUGAGUGUAAUUUCUCGGUGUAAAGCUAAAAAGGAAGUGUUUAUGAGAAA